ACGCCUGUGCCUGUGCCGACACGUGCUGUCCCGGAGGCUCUUCCUGCAGCCCCGACCGUUGUGACCCAAAGCUUCAACACUGCUGCUGUUCUCCCAGCUGACGUCCCUGCAGCCACAGCCAAGCCUUGCCUGGAACGCCGACCAGCCUUUCUGAUGGAUCCCACGCAGAACCCUGCUCGGUCCCUCUCCACGUUGGGGCACUCGGGUAGCUUCAGGCAGGACAACAAGCUCUUCGAUGAUUUGUCUCCGCCCGGAGCAACGGCGGCCAAGGAGGCCAAGGACAAUCCUGAGACAACACCUGAGUCGAGACCGGCCAGCAAGAGCAAGACCACGAAGCAGGACCCAGAUGCAGAUGCCUUGCCCGUCCUCACUCCGGAAGCAAAGGCGAAGUACGCAAACUACUGGACAGGCUACUUCAAGAGAUCCAAGUCCUCCCAGUCGGAGAGUGAGCUUUCCGUGCCACCGACCCCGACUUCGGUGGCUCCCGGCACGCCCGUGGGCAUUGUGAGACAGGAUUCGCAGGAGAUGCUGGAGGGCCUCUUGCAGAAAGCCCGAGCAGACCCUGCUGUGCGUGCAUUGCUGCUAUCCACCUUGCAAGGCAUGGAUUCCUCUGCGCCUGCAGAGGCCGCAUCGCCGAAACCAGCCUCCCUGAUCAGCACCGCUCCUGAGCUUCCCUCGAAAGCAGCCACCCCGAGCCCGAGCGGCGCCGCUCCUGAGCUUGCGGGGCCUGCCGGUUCCGGUGGCAUGCCGCAGGCUCCGCAGGCUGUGCCUUCCCCUGCUACCGCCGUGCUUCCGCCGAUGCCAGGUUCGACUCCGACAGUGCCCGCUGCAAAUGCUCAGAACUUCGCAGUUGCUGUGCCCGAUGAUUUCAAGUGCUCCAGCAAGACGCAUCCCAAUGCAUGGGCAAAGUACAGUCGUUUCGUGCUGCGAAACGAAAACUGCAAGGAGCUGGCCAAGGCUUGGCAGAGCCUUGGCAUGAAUCAACCGGCGGGUGGAGACCAGAGAUUGGCGAUGUUUCAGAAAUGGGUCGCUUCCGGCGGCCGCGGCCUGGAGCUCGAAGCAGCCGUGCAGAUGAAGGUCAUUCGCGAGACGGAGGAAGUCGACACAGGCGACUACGUGACCUGGGAUGCCAUCUUAAGCCACUUCGGCGGAGACAUCAACAAAAGCAUCGCCUUUGCCGAACGACGCAGGGGUGAGCACAAGGGGACGAAGAGGGAUCGCAAUGAUCCCUCCGUCGAGAAGUUUCUUCUCUGGAAGGAUGCUACGGUGACGGAGAGACGCAAGACCAUCGACGAGGUUUGCAUCGAUGUGGGCUGCAACGCGGCCGAUGUGGAGCAGCUCUUGUCGGCCAUGGACAAUGACCCCAUGUUCUACAAGAGACACGCACUGCCGGAGCGCAGUGCAGGGCCGGGCUCGCUGAAUGUGAAGGAGGAGCAGAUGAAUGCUGAUGAUGGCAAGACUUCCGGGAAAACUCACAAGAUCAACCCGAAGGAGAUCUACACGGAGAUGCCUGACAAUUGCUCGUCUGAGCAUAUCAAGGAUUUUGUGUCUCAGUGGAUGGCAGCUGUCAGUGACAGCCAGGGCCAGGCUGCGCUGCAGGACUUGGAGAGCCAAGGGCAGCUCAUUGGCUUGAUCGAGGCGGCCAAGCUUGGUUUGGCGGAGUGCCGCAAGGAGAUGGGUGCCAUCAACUUGGACGACGUGGAUGCCUGGACCAGGGUUUCCCACAUGUGCGAGAAGACCAAGCCGUUCGUCGUCAGCUACAAGAAGCACACCAGAACGGCGCAAAGCUUGAUUUCCUCUGCCAAAAGGGAGGCUGCUGGGCCUGCCAAGAAGAAAGCCAAGACUGAGAAGACCGAGGAUGAGACUUAG